AGGGCCUCAGACAGGGGGUGCUGCAGCACCCCCAGCAUCCCUACUUCCCGUGGUACUGCCUGUGUGUCUCUGACCUAAAGUGACCUAGGUCUGAGCCGCUCACGGCACGCGCCACCUGAGCUGGUCCAAUCAGACGGCCUGGAACACACCGACACGAUCAAGCCCUUUCCGUACUUCCUGAGCGGCCGCGCAGCCGCCUGCACCGGGGGAGCGACGCAGCCUGAUGCCGUUCGCCUGACCGCCGUACCUGCGCUCAUCACCUCGGUCUGCAUCCGAGGCUGCGACAGCGAGAACUAUCCCGGUAUGAAUUGUAUAUUCUUGUAAUUUGAUCCGUUAUCCUCGCAGAUACACAGACAGAUACACAGACGUGCUGGAUGCGUCAGGAGCUUAUUAGCCUACAGACAGUGAAAAACAGUCCAAAUGAAGGAGCAUAAUCGGGCCUCUGUUUGAGACGAGGAGGCGGGAGCACCGUCUAGACCAAGGUCCGGCUCUCUCACAGAGGAAGGGCCGAGCGAGGGACCUGCUCGGCUGGAGACGAGAGAACCACAGGAGAACUUAUUUGUAUUAACUCAGAGCCAUAGGAGGCGAGGAGGGGACAGAGCUACCCCCGGUCAGCCCUUCUCUGGCCCAGGCUAGUCCAGCGUUGUCCUGAUCCUGGCUGCAGGCCUGCUGGGACUCCACCAGACACCUGCUUCCUUACUGGUCUUGACACACACACACACACACACACACACACACACACACACACACACACACACACACACACACACUCACACACACACACACACAGACACACAUACACACACAUACACCCAGGGCCCUUUCAGAAGCAUGAAGCUGAAGGAGGACCUGAACCCCAUGCUCCUGCUGCUCUUCCAGCUAACGGUGGGGUUAUACGGCCUCUUGACACGGCUGCCCUUCUACCUCCUCGGCUGGCUGGGGUCCGGGUCCCGGCCUCCCUCCGGGGGCCCUCAGGCCCAGAGGGACCACCGUGACAAGGCCUGCUCCGUGUCGGGCGAGCCCCAGGGGCCCUACAGGGCGCUGGCCUCCACCCAGAGGCUGGCCAGCACCAUGCAGCCAGGGGUGGACACCCUGGACAAGAUGUUUGAACACUCGGUGCAGAGCUUCACCCACAGGGACUGCCUGGGCACCCGGGAACUGAUCUCAGAGGAGGACGAGCGGCAGAGCAACGGCAAGGUGUUGAAGAAGCAGGUCCUGGGGCAGUACGUGUGGAUGUCCUUCCAGCAGGCCCAGAAGGCGGCCUCAGAGCUGGGCAGUGGGCUGGCCGCGCUGGGCCAGCAGCCCCACUCCAAUAUCGCCAUCUUCUGUGAGACCAGAGCCGAAUGGAUGGUGGCUGCCCAGGCCUGCUUCCUGCACAGCUUCCCAGUGGUCACUCUGUACUCCACUCUGGGGGUCCCGGCCAUCCUCCAUGUACUGAAUGAGACCCAGGUUAGGCAUAUUAUCAUCAGCAGUAAGCUCCUGGAGACCAAGCUCAAGGCCAUUCUGACCCAGGUCCCCAGUCUUCAGCACAUCGUGGUGGUGGGCAGCAGGGCCUCCUCUUGGCCAGACUACCCACAAGGCAUCAGGAUCAACAACAUGACCGCCGUCCAGGAGCUGGGGAGGCGCCCUGAGAACGCUGCUCGCGGGAAAACGCGGCCGCGGCCGGCGGACCUGGCCGUCAUCAUGUACACCAGCGGCUCCACGGGGGUCCCCAAGGGCGUGCUCAUCUCCCACAGCAACCUCCUGGCGGGCGUCACCGGCAUCGCGGAGAGGGUGUCUGGACUGGGUGAGGAGGACACCUAUAUAGGCUACCUGCCGCUGGCCCACGUGUUGGAGUUGAAUGCAGAGCUGGUGUGCCUUUCCCACGGCUGCAGGAUCGGAUACUCCUCCCCCCUCACGCUGGCUGACCAGUCGUCUAUGAUCAAGAGAGGCAGCCAAGGGGACAGCAGCGUGCUGCAGCCAACGCUGAUCGCCGCCGUACCGGAGAUCAUGGACCGCAUCUACAAGAGCGUGAUGGGCAAGGUGGAGGAGAUGAGCAGCCUGCAGCGGACCCUCUUCGUCCUGGCCUACCACUACAAGCUGGAGCAGCUCAGCCUGGGCCUCGCCACGCCGCUGUGUGACAAGCUGGUGUUCCGGAAGGUGCGGGCCCUGCUGGGGGGCCGGACGCGGGCGGUGCUGUCGGGGGGGGCGCCCCUCUCCGCCGCCACACACCGCUUCAUGAACGUGUGUCUGUGCUGCCCGGUGGUGCAGGGCUACGGCCUGACGGAGACCUGCGGGGGGGGCACCCUCAGCCAGCUGUGGGACUACAGCACUGGGAGAGUGGGAGGACCACUGGUAUGUUCUGAAGUCAAGCUGAAAGACUGGGUGGAAGCUGGUUACCGUAGCACCGAUAAGCCCUACCCACGGGGAGAGAUCCUGAUUGGUGGAGGCAACGUAUCAAUGGGUUACUACAAGAAGGAUUCUAAGGACCAGGAGGACUUCUUUGUUGACGACUGCGGGCAGAGGUGGUUCUGCACCGGAGACGUGGGAGAGGUCCACCACGAUGGCAGUCUGAAGAUCAUUGACCGUAAGAAGGACCUGGUGAAGCUCCAGGCUGGAGAGUAUGUGUCGCUGGGGAAAGUGGAGGCGGUGCUGAAGAACUGCCCACUGGUGGACAACAUCUGUGUCUACGGCAACAGUGAGGAGUCGUACGUGAUUGGCUUCAUGGUGCCCAAUCAGAAGCAGCUACUGGAACUGGCGUCCAAGCGUGGUGUGAGAGGCUCAUGGGAAGAGCUCUGCCGGCACCAGGCCGUGGAGGAGAUGGCCCUGGAGGUCAUUUCUGAAGCUGCGCUCGCAGGCGAGCUGGAGCGCUUUGAAGUCCCCUGCAAGCUGCUGCUCAGCCCGGAGCCCUGGACGCCCGAGACCGGCCUGGUGACCGACACCUUCAAGCUCAAACGCAAGGAGCUGAGAACGCACUACCUGGACGACAUCGCCAGGAUGUACUGCAGGCAGUAGCGCUGCAGGCAAUAGCGCUGCAGGCAAUAGCUUCAGGCCUCAUCAGGCAACGAGCCACAGAGACGAGACCAGCAGGGAGGAAGGAGAAGCUACAACAACGACUAGAGCCCUUGUGCCCUCCUGACCCGCCUCCCAUCACCCCAUUGUCCCCCCCCCUUUACCCACUCACCCCUCUUCACCCCACCCCCUUUACCCCAUUCUCCCCCCCCUUCACCCCAUCCUCCCAGACCUCCCCCCUUCACCCAAUCUUCCCUCCCUUUCACCCCAUCCUCCAAAAAGACAGAAGCAACCUGAAGGUGUGAUUGGUUGUGUGAUGACCAAAGGACCCAGAGUCUGAAGGGAGAAUAAUCCAUGGGACAUGGAUUAUUCAUGGGAGAGGCAUUUCAACGCCCCCUUGUUCAGUAGUAUUUCUGAUUUUAUACUAACCUCUUGCAUGGUCUGGAAGACAAAAGGCUGUGCCAAUACAAGCUUAGCUUUGUAGACUAAUAAAAAGAGCUGUGACUUCUCAGCUUCUCAGCCGGUGCUGCUUGGAGUUCCUCAGGGUAUGGCCUGCUGGACCUCAUGAGGAGACACUCAGGUUUACCGCAAGACGUUGUCCGUCUGUCUGUCUGUCUGUCCUGACCCCCGCUAAUCAUUGUUUGGAAGCACACCUCUUCUGUUGAUUUCUGAUUUUCAGCUGAUUUUGUAACGUUUCUUUUGAUGUUUUUGUUGUCCGGGAAAUCAUUUGUAUCCAGAUCAGGCUGGUUGUCUGGUUGAGUCCAGCUUGGCCUGCUGGUGGGCGUGUCCCUACUGGUGGGCGUGUCCCUGUUGCCGGGCGUGGCCCUGCUGGUGGGCGUGGGCCUGCUGGUGGGCAUGGCCCUGGCAGGGGCAUGGCCCUACUGGUGGGCGUUACCCUAGUGAUGGGUGUGUCCCUGCAGGUCAGGACAUGCUGAGAGGGGACCUCUGUACUUCUGCCAGGGACUGAUUUCGUUUCACACAACGCCCUUAAAUAACAAUCCAAAACCACUGUCCACUUUUAUUUUUAUAUAUAUAUAUAUAUAUAUAUAUAUAUAUAUAUAUAUAUGUAGGUUGUUUUUAAUUAUUAUUUAUGACUGCACCAACUUAUGGUGUUAAGUUUCAAAACAAAUAUGCUGCAGUUCCUAAACAAAAGUUGUUUUGAACCCUAACAUAUUACACCAAAAUCGAAAGUACAGUGCAAGUAAGAAUAUUAAGAAUAUUGUCCAAAAAAGUUAGUUGGUUCCAGAUGGGAGGAAGGAGCAGAAACCAAUCCCUCUGUCAGCGACGCAGUCAGCCGUAACACUCUGAGAAACUCCCAUCCUUUGGUGACGUGCUUGCGAUGCAUUGCGUUUAUGUUUUAAAUACCGCUCAUUUAUAGGCUUGGCCCGUUCUUCUGGCCUUCUGCAUGUGUUGGGAGGUUAGCAUGGGCUGCAGAGACACCCCCACUCACCACAACACAGGCAGCCUGCAGAGUACUACUGACCAGCCCAGGGGGACACCGUAGUAUAGCUGCCUCAGUGCAUGGAUAAAGCAAACCAAUGUAACCAAUCAAUUACUUUUAGAAUGUAGACUUUACGGUGUGUGUGUUUCUGUGUUUGUGUGGGCUGGUGGGAGAGGCAAAAGCCUCUGGAAGGAAAUCCUUAUAUACGUAAAUUCUUCAGAAUGAUAUGUCAUGUUUCCUCAAAGUAAUUUAUUAGUUUUAUGAGCAAACAGGAGAAUACAGCAACAAAAUGAGUUGAAUGUUUGUUUAAGGUUGUUUCAGUAAGAUUUGCUGAAAUAAUUGAAACCGGUCCACGUAAUAUGAAUUUCAUCAAUGUCAGGAAACUUCUUGCAUGCUAUGUAUGUAUUUUCUUUUUUCUUCUAUAACUGGCAAGGAACCGACUUCCUCUGAUGUAGCACUGGUCCAUUACCAGUGUGGACUUGUCAUUCAGAGGUUCAUGGCUGAUACAAGUCCAGUCAAGCUCCUCAUUCAUUCACGACUCAAUGGCUGUAUAUUGCAUGAGCCAGCUUGUUCCUCCAUUCAUAUAGAAUAAGUUCUUAGGUCAUAUUUUCAGGUGGUCCAAAAGCAAAGCAACACAGUAGUUCCUUGGCCCUCUAGUUAGAUCUGGUUGGAUUUGGUUUUCUUUGACAUAUUGUGCAGACAUGAAGCCUGAUCCCCAGCGGUCCCUGCAGACCGUGGAUCAGGCCACCUCUGAAUUGAAUCCAUUCCAUACUCCAUGCUCUUACAUCUGGAAGAAACCUGUUACUGAGACAACCUCUGACCGUCGGCUGAGCUCCAUCAUGGGGGGGAUACUUAGGUUGGGAAUCUGCCUUGAAAUUCUCAACCAAUGCCCAACCAAUAAUGUGAAUGUUCCCUCGCCUUCCGGGAGAGAAGCUGAUUAAAUUAAGUAUGAUAUCAUA